AAUUAAAAGAUUAGUAAUCUAAAGUGAAUAAGUUAGCACGCAUUUUUGUGUGUGUGUUUUUUUAAUGUAUCCGUACAAAACCAGAAUCACAUGCGAUGGAUUUAAACAAUAUUAAUCUUGUUGGUUGCUUCGUAUUGUUUGGAUUUAUUCUACUCUGUCUUAUUUUUCUUUUCGCAAUCAACGUUAUUGCAAAAAGGUAUCUUAAAGGAGUAACAAAGCAAACUAAUGAGGAAGAAGAAUUGCUGCCACCAGGAGAGGAAACAGAAGAUGAAAUGUAUCUCAAAUUAAAAAAACAUUCGGUUCAACUAGAAAAAUUACCUCAAAAACCGGCAGCUUUUCAAGUAUUAACCAAAAAUGAUAUUAUUUCUACUAUACGCUCUGAAGGUUUUAAAUAUAACUUUGCUGCCGAAGCAAUCGCGCUUGUUUCCUUAAAAUAUGUAUUGGAACAAAAGGUUUUACUCGGAAAUGUAGAAACUAUUUCCGGAUUAAACAUUUUAGAAGCAUCUAGUCCUCAAGAAAUUUCUUUUCAUAUAAAAAUUAUCCCUCAAAAUAGAUUUUCAAGAAAAACAAAAUGGAAAUCCGUCAAAAAAGAGGCUGUUUUGUUAUCUUUUAGUAUGGGUCCUAUAGAUAAUUUAUGUUCCUCAUCUAGUUUAUUUUUUCGAUUAUAUGGCAGAAAAACAGUUAUUUCAAGGCCAAAAUGUUAUGGACAAUUUUACAUAGAAUUGGAUAAGGUCAUGAAAAAAGCGUCAAAUGUUAUAUUUAAAAAACAGUUUUCACCUAAAGGAAAUUGGAUUGAUAAUCCUGAAACCCAUAAAAUAAAAACCUCAGCAAGUAUAAAUGAUGUUUCAAUGGAUAACAAAAAGUGUUAAGUUAACUAAAUUAGUUUCAAUUUAAUUUAUUACGAAUAUUUAAAUAUAUGACUUAAAAUAUUUAAAAACUA